AUGAAAUUCUUCACCGCUCUCCUCAUUACUGCUGCCAUUGCAACUCCAAAUUACGUCAUUGGGCAGACAACUACGGCGGAUUCGACCGAGGCGACGAUGGAACCCUCUACCGGGACCGAAACGACGAUGAAUAACUCAAUGGUGAUGGACCCCAACAACACCGCCCUGGUCAUGGACAGCAUGACCAGCGAAGGCGGCGACAUGCUUAGUGUGACAGCCACGAACGCUACAACUGGCGAGACAGUACUAAUUGUCGGUAGUGACAGCUCUGAGAGCGGAUCUGGAAAUGACAUCAUGAAGGCCGGUGACGAUUCAAAUGUCGGUGACGAUUCAACGUCCGGUACCAGUGGAGCCAUCAGCAUUCAAUCGGUUACGCUCACGGCAACGACUGUUGUGGUCGGUCUGGCUGCUGCACUUUUCUUUUAA